UUGCAUAAAUUAUGUUCAUGACGUAGUGCAAAAGGACAAUUUUGGGGCAAUUUGUCCGACUUUACAGCUCUGGGGGGAUUCCUUGAGACACCUGGAGGAUUUCUGAUGGUGUGAACUGUUGCAGAAAGGGCACCGUCAUUAAAUAUUAAGGCAGAGGAGAUCCUAACAUUGCAGCCCUCCUUAUCAAUGCAAAUAGCUCUCUUUUGUGUGCAGUCACAGCGCCUGUCUGGGAGCUGAGAUGAAUUUCUAAUGAUGGGUGACUGAAACAAACUGUGACAGGGAGCAUUUUAAGAGCGGCGGAUUACGGGAAAUAAGCUGCAUUUCCGCGGAUGCCUGCAAGACAUUAUCUAAGUUGGUGCAGCAAGCCAUGAACUCCCAGGAUCCUGCCCAAGAUGCCCCGCUCACUGUCAAUGAGCAGGUUAUUGUUAUGUCCGGUCAGGAGACAAUUCGUGUACUAGAAGUCGAGGUUGACGCAUCUCUGCCGUCUUCGGUACCGGAUGGGAAGAAUGAGAGCAAAAUUGCUGAGGAGGAAAUGGCUCAGUGUGCAGAGAAAGCUGAAGCUGCCAGCACCCAGAGCAGCCCCACAGCGCCCCACAGCACUGGGACGCAGAUCGGAGAGCAGCAGGGAGCGUCUGCUGAUGCAUCGGCUGCUGCUGUCCAAACAGUGAAUCCUGCAGUUCCGCUCAGCGUUUCCAUUGCCCAACCCCAGGCCACCAUGCCCAUUACAGUACAAGGUUGUCCACAGGUUCUGACCCAGGAAAGCCUGGCCACUUUGAUGACUGGUAUGAUGGCUCAGACGGGUUCACUGGGUCAACCUCUGCUUAUCCCCCUCAACAUGGCCGGUUCCAUCGCCGGCCAGGGCGGAUUAGCGGUUCUCACUCUGCCAACCACCAGCGUAGCCACUCUCCCUGGCCUCACAGCCGCAAACCCAGCUGGGAACCUCCUCAAGCUGCCCUUUGCUGGCCUACAGGCUGCAACAGUUCUGAACUCAGUCCAGCAGCCCCAGCUGCAGGCGAACACACAGGCAAUGUUCCAGCCUCAAGCAGCGCCGGUGCAGACGUCUGUGCAGCAGGUGCCUCCUCAGCAAACUCAAGUCACCAACGCACAGGUCACUUCCGCCCAGGUGACAGCCGCCCAGGUGACCUCUGUGGCCAACGCCAUCUCCCAACCCAACAUUUCUGUGGCAGCACUUCAGACAGCAGGACUGUCCAUCAACCCAGCCAUUAUAAGUGCUGCUUCUUUGGGUGCACAGCCUCAUUUCCUCAGUUCUCUCACAUCACCCAUCAUCAACAGCCCCAUGCCCAGUAUGGCUGGCAUCACCAGCCAGAUCAUCACAAACGCCCAGGGUCAGGUGAUAGGAACUCUCCCGCUGCUGUUGAACCCAGCGUCUCUGGCUGGAGGGACCGCAGCUCCCUCUCUGCCCCUGCAGGGUCUGCAGGUCCAGACCAUCCCACAGCUGCUCCUCAACACCCAGGGCCAAAUUAUCGCAACUGUGGGAAACGGACCUGCUGCCGUUGCAACUUCUGCUGCAGUUCUGCCCAAAACUACAGCUCCUACUACAGUUAACAAACCAAACGCUCAGCCGUCUGCACUGAAGAACUCGACCGCACUCACCUCAGCAGCACCCAUCGUGGGACACAUGGCCAAAGUGGGGCAGCUUGUCAGCAAGCCUCAGCAGGGAGUCAGCAGCGAGGAAGGGAUUAAUUUGGAGGAAAUCCGAGAGUUUGCCAAGAACUUCAAGAUCCGUCGGCUGUCGCUGGGCCUCACGCAGACACAAGUCGGGCAGGCCCUCACUGCGACGGAGGGUCCGGCGUACAGCCAGUCUGCCAUUUGCAGGUUUGAAAAGCUUGACAUCACCCCCAAGAGCGCUCAGAAGCUAAAACCGGUUUUAGAGAAGUGGCUGGCUGAGGCCGAGCACUGGAACCAGAAAGGCCAGCAGAACCUAAUGGAGUUCGUUGGCGGCGAACCGUCCAAAAAGCGCAAACGCCGCACCAGUUUUACGCCGCAGGCGAUCGAGGUCCUUAACUCCUACUUUGAGAAGAACGCUCUGCCUACAGGGCAGGAAAUUACAGAGAUCGCAAAACUGAAUUAUGACAGAGAGGUGGUCCGGGUCUGGUUCUGCAACAGACGACAGACACUGAAGAACACAAGCAAGAUCAACGUCUUCCAGGUUUAGGAGCAACCUCAUUCUCAUCUUCAUUAGGGUGGGUGGAAAAUUGAAUUAGUUUUUUUUUUUUUUUUUAAAUCAAGAACAUUGUAAAGUUGUGUAUGAAAAACGAGUUAGAACUGUGUUCUCAAGUUGUGUAUGUAAACACAGUUGGUGCAUACUCAGUUACACUGCAUGGUCCUUUUGUUUUACAGUUUUACACUGCAAAACCCCACCAAGUAAUUUUAGUCUAGUUUCUGAUGCAAAUGUAUCAGUACAUUUAAUAAGACAAAAUAACUUUUCAGCUAGACAUACAAGGUUUUACUUGUACAUUGGCAGAUUAUUUCACUUAUAACACAACAAUUUUUCAUGUUAUGCCUGAAAUAAUCUAAUGGAACAAAGGAAAGAAUUUAUUGACUUAAAACAAUAAAUCUUAUUUUAAGUUCACACUUGUGCUUGAAACUGGACCAAAAAUACUUUGGUGUCAAGAUUUUGUGUUUUGCAGUGUAACAUGCCAUAUUUAAGAAACUUGAGCUACCUUUUUUUAAUAAGUGGUUUUAUAAGCUAACCCUUCUCAUAUAUUUUAAGUUUCUGUACAGUAUCUGUUUUGUUCUUUUAUAUAUUAUUCUCUCAUUAGCAUAUUUGAAAAAUGCAGAAUAAUAGGACAGUUUUAGCUGGUCGUUUCCUGGAGGUUCAUCAGACUCUGAAAAGGCAAUAACCUUAUUUUCAGUUUUAAGUGUUUACAGAACACCAGUUACUUUAAUUCUGCCCAGCGCUUUGGGACAAUCACCUCUUUGAUAGAUAAUCAGAAACAUGAGCUCGUUCUUUCUCAUUUGGUCAAACCGCGUGAACUUAGUCACAAUCUCAGCUUUGAUUACAUUGGACUGCAGACACACCAGGUUUGUUGGAAACUAAAACUGUGGGUGUCUCUUUUUCAUGUGUCAUGGCUGAAUGUGUGACUUUGGUGACUAUGAUACAUGAACACACCAAUCUGUCUUUUGAACUUUAUUUUUAAAUGCUUGUUUUGUUCAAAGGACAUUUUGCCUCAUUACCUAAUAUCUGUAAGUAAAAACUUAGGAAUAUAUUUAUUGGCACCUCUGGCAAAGAUGUGUCAAAAAGCCCUAAAAUAAAUUAAUCUUUCUUCGGAGUUCAGUGGAGAAAAACAUUAUUAGUUAUUCUUUGGCUCACUUCAAGUGUUUGUGGUGAAAAGAUAAUUCUGUGCAUCUUUUUACCAAAACAUUUUUAUGUUUGUAAGGAUAAAUUAAGCUUUUCUCUGCUAUAUUUCUCAUACAAAUGGUUGACAUGAAAACUUGGUGACUUGUACUUCUAGGGCUUUAAAUUUGAGCGUCAGAGUUUUAUUUUAGUAAAGUAAAUUUGGAUUCUUAUGCAGCCUUGCAACUAAAAUAAAUUCCUCCCUGACUUAUGUUUUAUUCACAACAGAGUCGUUGAUUACCAGAUAAUAGAGAUGUAUAAAAAAAAUGCUCCAAUUAUGUUUAUUUGAGAAAGAAUUGUUGAUAUGGUUUUUGAAUGUACUCAUAAGUUAUAUCUACAAUUGGUUUAUUUUAAAGCUAUUUGUAACUAGGAGUGCCAACAACUUCAUCCUAACAGGCCUGUAUGGAGCCUAAUAUAAGUUGAUAUAGAUUUUACUGCCAAGUUUUUUGAUGUUCCUCGUAAAAUUUGAAAUCAAACUCCUUAAACUAAUAAAAAUAUAAAAACAUUAUCAGCUUAGCUGCGUGGAGAAAUGCAGAUUGUUUGGUUAGAACAUUUAGUUUGAACAAAUUUAUGGACAUUUCACAUGGAAACAUUCUUUGGCAGUUCUCUUUCUCCUUCCCGUUAUUUAAGAAUUCGUUUGCACUUUAGUGAAAGCAGGGAAAGUGAAUGAGCUGCUUGCAAUCACGAUGUCAGUGUAGUACCAGAUUUACGUGUUUUGGAAAAAAAUAAAGAGGUUUUUUGUUUACUGCUAUCGAUUAGUAAGAAGCUUUUGGAAAAUGUAGCAGUACCCUACAGGCAAAAUGGCAAAACUUUUAUUUACUAUAUAUGCAGAUGAAAAAAUGUAAAUUACUACAAUUUUUUUACUAAUAUGCAUAAAUACAAAAUGUUUUGAGUUUGUGAAAUCAUAUCUUAAUAAAUGAUGCAUUUUAUGCUCUAUCUCAUGGUUGCCUUAUGGGCUUUUAAUGCAGUAUACCUAACCAUAAAAACAUGAGUCUUGGUUUAAAAUGCUCAGCAAUUUAAAAAAAUAUUUAAUUAUGUUUAUUGUUGUAAGUUAUGUAAUAAAGAAAAGUUAAAACAUUAUUUCAGAAUAAAUAAAAGGUACUACUCAUUUCACUUAGCAAGCUGUUGAUGUUUCAGAUCUCCACAAAAUAAACAUUCAAUGAUUUUUGUCUUUUUUUGUCAAAAGAAUAAACCAUCUUUAACAAAUA